AUGUCUCUUCGACUUCCCAGUGGAUCCAGGAGGGCCAGUCCCUGUCCCACUGCAGGAUCACUCAGGCUCUCCGGAGGGGGAGCCUACUUUGGGGCUGGAAAUGCUUGCAGCAUGCCUGGAAUUGGAAGCGGUUUCUCAUGUGCCUUCGGGGGCAGCUCAUCGGGAGGAAAUGCCAUGGGGGGCAACCCCUGUGCUGGCUUUACUGUAAAUGAGGGGGGCCUCCUUUCUGGCAACGAGAAGGUGACCAUGCAGAAUCUCAAUGACCGCCUGGCCUCCUACCUGGAGAAUGUGCACGCCCUGGAGGAGGCCAACGCUGACCUGGAGCAGAAGAUCAAGGGCUGGUAUGAGAAAUUUGGGCCUGGUUCUUGUCGUGGUCUUGAUCACGACUAUAGUCGGUAUUUCCCAAUAAUUGAGGAUCUUAAAAAUCAGAUCAUCACUUCCACCACCAGCAAUGCCAAUGCUGUUCUGCAGAUCGAUAAUGCCAGGCUGACAGCUGAUGACUUCAGACUCAAGUAUGAAAAUGAGCUGGCUCUUCACCAGAGCGUAGAGAGUGAUGUCAAUGGACUUCGCAGAGUUCUGGAUGAAAUCACCCUAUGCAGAACAGACCUGGAGAUUCAGUACGAAACCCUGAGUGAAGAGUUGACUUACCUCAAAAAGAACCAUAAAGAGGAAAUGCAAGUCCUGCAGUGCGCGGCGGGAGGCAACGUGAACGUGGAGAUGAACGCGGCGCCCGGCGUGGACCUCACGGUUCUGCUGAACAACAUGCGGGCCGAGUACGAAGCCCUGGCGGAGCAGAACCGCCGGGACGCGGAGGCCUGGUUCAACGAAAAGAGCGCUUCGCUGCAGCAGCAGAUUUCUGAGGACGUGGGAGCCACCACCUCAGCCCGGAAUGAGCUGACGGAGAUGAAGCGCAAUCUCCAAACACUGGAAAUUGAACUUCAGUCUCUCCUAGCCACGAAACACUCCCUGGAGUGCUCCUUGACGGAAACUGAGGGCAACUACUGUGCACAGCUGGCCCAGAUUCAGGCUCAGAUCGGGGCCCUGGAGGAGCAGCUGCACCAGGUCAGAACCGAGACCGAGGGCCAGAAACUAGAGUACGAGCAGCUCCUGGACAUCAAGGUCCACCUGGAAAAAGAAAUUGAGACCUACUGUCUCCUCAUCGGCGGAGAUGAAGGGGCUUGCAAGUCUGGAGGUUACAAGUCUAAAGAUUAUGGAUCUGGAAAUGUGGGAAACCAAAUCAAAGAUCCAGCCAAACCCAUAGUGGUUAAGAAAGUCCUUGAGGAGGUAGACCAACGCAGCAAAAUACUUACCACCAGGCUCCAUUCCCUGGAAGAGAAAUCUCCAAGCAAUUAA